AUGUCUACGACAAACCGAGAUUGUCCUCUGUGUCUCCAGAAAUGGAUAUCCAUAGACGAUCCUCCCGCUAUCAUCUCUGACAUUGAGCUCCCGGCCAACGUGCCCGAUACCAAGGAAACACCUGCUUCAAAAUCUUCAACCUAUAAGCUCUUCUCCCUUGAGAACAAGACAGUCGCCAUCGCCGGCGGAGCUCGUGGUCUGGGUAUUACUCUAGCGAUUGGCGUGGUCGAAGCCGGUGGCAGCGUCGCCUGUCUCGACAUUCUCGAGGAGCCAUCGCCAUCUGAGUGGGCACAACUCAACAAGAUAGCCACCGCCAACAAGGCUUCCGUAUCAUACCGAAAGUGCGAUGUCACAGAUGAGCAGUCCGUCGAGACAGCGAUGAAGGAGAUCGCGGCAGAGGCCAAUAAGGCCGGAGCUCCCUUCUGGGGUACUAUUGCCUGCGCUGUCAUUCAGCAGCAGAUCGCUGCGCUUGACUACCCUGCUGCCGACUUUGACCGGAUAUUGCGGGUCAAUGUGACUGGCGUUUUCAACACUUGCAAGUAUGCUGCGCGGAUACUACGAGAGAAGAACAGCUCUGGUAGUAUUGUUAUCAUUGGCAGCAUGUCGGGCAUAUUGCCAACCGAGAUACAGGGACUUUCUUGCACAACAUACAACUCCAGCAAGGCUGCUGUUCAGCAAAUGUACAUUCGAGUUAACACACUGUCUACCGGUUACAUCAGAACUGCUAUGACCGAUCAAUUACUCCAGGAAAACCCCGAUGUUGAGAAGACAUGGGUGGCGGGUGCUCUACUGGGACGGCUGGGUGCGCCUGAAGAAUUUAAGGCCUCGGCUGUGUUUUUGCUGUCUGAGGGCGCGUCGUUUGUUCAUGGCACAGAUUUGAGAGUUGAUGGAGGACAUUGCGCAUCUGCAUAA